AUGUCGAUAUCGUUGACUUCAUUGAGGAGCUUUUCGUAUUCAAGCAAUGAAGCCAAUGGAAGUUUGUGCAAAGAAUCCCUUGCAAAAGCUCCCAAUAAAAUGUCGUUUUCAAGAAUGCCACAUUUAGACGAUCGAAGCCGGGGGCACAUGCUUGAAGAAUGUAAAAACAAUCCAUCAGCCUCUAAGGGGAAAUCUUUGAAAAAACAUAAUGCUGUUGUUUGCUAUCGAUGUGGCAGUACGGAACAUUCUUUGAAAUCAUGCAACCAAGAAAUUAAGGUCUCCCAAUCGAAUAGCUCUGAAAACUUGCCAUUUGCUGAAUGCUUUGUUUGUGGUGAAAAGGGACAUCUUUCUGGAAAGUGUCCAAAAAACCCAAAUGGCCUGUAUCCAAAUGGCGGCGGCUGUAGGUUCUGUGGCGAUAACAGGCAUUAUGUCAAAGAUUGUCCAAAUAGAAAACCCAUCAAUAACAACGAUGAAUAUGCGCCCGUUAAUGACCAAUUGCCUACAAAUGCAGAUGCUCCCCCUAAAAAGAAGAAGGUUGUGUUAUUUAAAUAA